AUGGGUUUGAUCCUCCUGAAUGCCAUUGUCAUCGGCCUGGAGACGGACUACGCAGAGAGUUUCCACUGGGACAUUGUGGAAAACAUUUUUCUCCUCUUCUUUACCAUGGAGCUGGCGAUCAGGAUGUAUUGCUUGGGAGUCAGGAGGUUUUUCCACGUGCACAACAACCCGGACAUCGCCUGGAACAUUUUCGACUUUUUGCUGGUCUCCAUGGGUGUGCUGAGCUUGCUGCUCCACUGCCUCACCGCCGGGUCCAACGACUUCCUGGCGAGGAACGCCACGCUCUUCCGGAUCAUCCGGCUGUUGCGGAUCCUGCGGGUGCUCCGCAUCAUCCGAAUCGUCCGGUUUCUGAAGCAGCUCUAUCUUCUUGCCUAUGGCUUCAUCGAGGGAACUAUGGCGGUGCUGUGGGUCACGAUUCUAGCUUCCUUCAUGCUGUACAUUUGCGCUGUGAUCCUCGUGCGCGCCUACGGGAAGAAUUCCAACGAGGACGAUCCCUACCACGAGUUCUUCCAGCAGCAUUUCGGUUCGAUCCCCACGACCAUGUUCGCUUUGUUCGAGCUGAUCACCGCCCCAGAUCUCGCCCCGUACCGGGCGGCGAUGUUCGCAAAUCCGCCUCUGGUGAUCUUCCUGGUGAUUUUUAUUAUCCUCGGGAGCUUUGGCAUCAACGGGCUCUUGGUGGCCCUGAUCAAUGAGAGCAUCCUGGAGAAGAACCAGGCCCGGAUCGAGGCGGACCGCAUGGACCGCGAGGCCCGCGUUUAA